AGAAAGUUUUUGCUGAUAACAGAUUGUCAAAAUGAUGGAAGCUUUCUCAUUCAUCAUUUUUUAUCCUUGUACAUCAAAGGAGGUUUCAAAGUACUUUUCAUUGCCUUGGUCCAGUCUUUUUCUCAUUACAGUAAUGUUGCACAGAAAUUGGGUAUAAACCUCAGCAGUAUCUGUGAGAGUGGCCAGGUGACAUAUGUCGAUGGCUUAAGUUGUAUAUCUGAAGCUUUAGCUGAUGAAAGUCAACAAGAUGCCCUCAAAAACUCACAUAGUAACACAGUAGGAAAUGAAAAUGCAGAUCACAGCAACCCUUUUAAAAAUGUCAGAGCCCCAACAUUUACUCUUCAACCAUUAUACAACAGAAUCAAGUCAUCUUUGGGUACUGAAACAAAGCCCUGUUUGCUGCUGAUUGAUGAU